UUGCUGGCCGAAGCGAGCAGCCCGGGCCCCGGCGCCGCUCAGACGGUGGAGCCGCUCUCCCCGCAACCGAAGCCUGGCCCCGGAUGCGGCUCGAGCUCGGCGGUUACAGGGAGAGGGGUGCGCGUCUUAAAGAGGAACAUGAAGCGCAAUGCCAGCAGGAGCUGCCUGGGAAAGAAGAGUAGUCUGGGUGUACGAGAGAAAGAAUGGCUCAAAGGAGAUGUAAGAAGAGGAUGUAUAUAUAUUCAUGGAAAAGAGAUGGUGUCAUCGAAUGCUGCAACUUCCACCUCUUCCCAGGGUGCAUUACUAUCAUCAUUAUCAUGCUCGUCUUCAUCAUCAUCUGGUCCGGACCUGCAGCUGGUACUCUGCAGUACUGAAACCACUACAACAGAGCUGUGUACUCAGGAUAAGGAUGAUCUCUAUCUGCAACUCCAUGGUGAUCUCAUCAGGAGAAUGAAUCCUGAUGAGCGGCCUCUGCAAAUCCUUUACGAUUAUCUUACUGGAUUAGGUUUCCAGGAUCCACUGCGGAUACAAGAGGAAGGAGCCAUUGCUGAUCUAACCUGCAUGAUUAGAUACUUUCAUGGGAAACCAAGCAGCAUAGAACAGUUAGAUCGGAUCCUUCUUUCUGGUGUAUUUAGUGUUCGGAAAGGCAAGACUCAGUUACACAAGUGGUCGGAACGUCAAGUCAUUCUCUGUGGUACCUGCUUAAUUGUGUCUUCAGUGAAGGAGUGCCAGAUGGGAAAAAUGCACGUUCUUCCUCUUACUGGAGGCAAGGUGGAAGAAGUAAAGAGAAGACAAUACUGCCUUAUGUUCAGCUCUGCUGGGCAACAAGGGCAAACAUACUAUGUCAUCUUUGAUUCAUACCCAGAAUACCUACGGUGGCUCAGACAAGCUUCCAAGGUUGUCUCUCAGAGAAUUGGUACAGUUGAUCUGUCAUGUUAUAGCCUAGAAGAACUUCCUGAGUAUUUGUUUUUCAGUCAAGAUAUCACACAUCUCAAUCUACGGCAUAAUUUUAUGCAGGCAGAUGCUGGACUCUGCAAUCUUAACAGGUUUACUCAGCUGAAAAGCUUGAACCUGUCGAAUAAUAAACUGACAACAUUUCCAGCAUCUUUAUGUGAAAUCUCAACUCUUACUGAAGUCAACCUCUCCUGUAACAGGAUUCAAAAUAUCCCUGAGGAGAUUGGGAAUUUGCAAAAUCUUCAGACUUUCAUUCUGGAUGGGAAUUGUCUUCAAGGUUUGCCUUCAGAAUUGGGAAAUGUACAACAGCUUACCCAUCUUGGCUUGUCCUUCAAUGACUUCACUGUGAUCCCAGCAGUGUGUGAAAUUUUAGCAGCCAUGGAUAAGCUCUGCAUGGCUGGAAACCAUUUGCAGAUGUUGGUAUUGGAAACACUGGGACGAAUGACUCACAUUAAGCACUUGGACCUCAGGUUGAAUUCAAUUAAGACUGUAAUAAUGGACAGCCUAGAAGCUAUUAAUCAUGUAACUUACCUGGAUUUACGAGACAAUCUGCUGACUGAACUUGAUUUAAGUGUAAUUGCGAGUAUUGAACAUCUGCAUUGUGAGCGCAACAAUCUGACUACUCUCACAUUAAGUGGAUUCUCGUUGAGGACAUUGUAUGCUGGUUCCAACCAAUUGACAACACUGAGCAUCUAUCCACUUCCUGGUCAAUUGGUUCAUCUUGAUCUCUCCAGGAACAAAUUAGAAUCUGUGCCUGACUGGGUAUGUGAUGCUAAGAAACUUGAGCUGCUGGAUGUCAGUCAUAACCUGAUUGCAGAAUUACCUAUGAGAUUACUCUGCAGCUUGAGCCUUCAGAAGGUAUUCGUUGGGCACAACCAUCUUCAGAGUCUCCCCAGUCACCUGGAGCACACACCCCUGGAAGUUUUUGAUGUACAACAUAAUCAACUAACUGACCUUCCAGAGUUACUUUUCCUCAAGGCUUUGAACUUGCGAUGUCUCAAUGUAUCUGCAAAUAACCUGGAAUCACUGCCUCCUAGCAGUGAUAUUGAAGACAGUCUCAGUGUGUUGCAAGAACUUUAUCUAACAGGAAACAAUCUGACUGAUAAAUGUGUCCCAGUGCUGACUGGGCACCCACGUCUUCGGGUCCUUCAUAUGGCUUACAACCAACUUCAAUCAUUUCCAGCCAGUAAGCUGUCAAAGUUGGAGCUACUAGAGGAACUGAAUCUAAGUGGAAACAAGCUGAAAGCUGUUCCUACCACCAUCACAAAUUGCAAGCGAUUGCACACACUCAUUGUUCACUCCAACAGUAUUGCUGUCUUUCCAGAGAUCCUGCAUUUACCAGAAAUUAAGUUAGUUGACCUAAGCUGUAAUGAACUUACAGAGAUCUUGAUGCCUGAGACCCUGCCAGCCACUUUGCAAGAGCUGGACUUGUCUGGCAACACAAAUCUUGUCCUUGAUCACAAGACCCUGGAGAUAUUUAGUCAUAUCACCACCUUGAAAAUUGAUCCGAAACCUACUGUGCAGACAAGCGAUCCAACCAGCAGUCCAGCAUUCUGGAGUCAUGGCUAUUCUGAAAUGGCAGGACACAGAAAUAAACUCUGUCUUUCAGUUCUUGCCCUAGAUAGCUUUGGAGAUAACCUUGAAGCAUUAUAUGGUGUUUUUGAUGGUGACAGAAAUUUGGAAAUCCCUCGCUUACUGCAAUGCACUGUGGGAGAUGUGUUGGCAGAAGAAUUGCAGCAAUCCAAUGUGGACAGUGUCUACAUGACUCAUACAUUCCUUGUCUCUCACAGAAAACUUGGAAUGGUGGGGCAGAAGCUAGGUUCUUCAGCUGUUUUAUGUCACAUUCGCCGCGAUCCAAGUGACCACAGCAGCUACUUCACUCUUACCGUGGCCAAUGUGGGUAAUAGCCAAGUGGUGUUAUGCAGAGAUGGACAGCCGUUGCCACUCUCAAAAGUGUUCAGUCUUGAACAGUGUGUUGAGGAACUGGAAAGAGUGAAACAGCAAAAAGCCAUUAUAACUGAGGACAAUAAAGUAAAUGGUGUUACUUGUUGUACACGUCUAUUGGGCAGCACAUAUCUUUUCCCAUGGGUCCUUCCAAGACCUCACGUUCACACUAUAUCACUUGCUGCUCAAGAUGAAUUUCUUAUCUUAGGCAACAAGACACUAUGGGAAUAUUUGUCCUAUGCUGAGGCAAUUGAAGCUGUUCGGAAUGUUCCUGAUCCUUUAGCUGCAGCUAAAAAACUUUGCACACUUGCCCAGAGCUACGGUUGCCAUGACAAUGUUGGAGCUGUUGUAGUAUACUUGAGUAUUGGGGACGAUAAUUGUACAUGUGAAGUACAUGGAGUUCCUAUACCUAGUCCAGGUGUAUUUGCCCCUGUUAACAUGAUAGUAAAAGAUAGUACUCACUAUUCUGUCACCCCUUCAUCAAGUAGUGGCAUAGCAUCUGAAUUUAACAGUGAGAUGUCUGCUUCUGAAGUGAGCAGUGAAGUGGGAUCUACAGCAUCAGAUGAGCAGCCAGCUGCAAGUCUGGAGGGUGGUGUACUUGCUCGGUCUGAACGUCGUUGUAGCCUCCAUCCAAGCUCUUCCACUAGUGUUUUCCAGCGGCAACUUUCUAGUGCAACAUUCUCCAGCAACCAUUCAGAUAACGGCCUUGAUAGUGACGAUGAUCAACCAGUAGAAGGAGUAAUCUCUAAUGGCAGCAAACUGGAAGUAGAGGUGGAUAUCCAUUGUUUCCAGUUCAAAGUUCCAGGAAACUCCACUAUUUCACAAGCCCGUGAUGAGGGAUUGUUUGUUAGUAUGUCUGAGGAUGAUAGUCCAGGAACUUAUUUAAAAGUGCAGAGACAAAAUGGUAUGAACAGUGGAUCAUUGUCAAUGAUUAAUAAGGAAGGAAAUGACUUGAAGAAGUCCUCAUCUGCAUCGAACCUACAAGCAAAGAAAUUUUCAAAUGGCUCUGUGGUCCCUCUUGAAAAAAGUCACAACAUUAUUGAAGUGGCUACAGAGGCACCAAAGAAAAAAUGUGGAUAUUUUGCAGCACCUGCACAACCAGAUCCAGAAGAUCAAUUAAUUGUGCCACCAGAUCUGGAAGAGGAGGUAAAAGAGCAAAUGAAACAGCAUGAUCCUGUUUCAGAAGCUGAAUCUGAAAGAGACAAUAGAUUUACCCAUCAGGAGGUCUACGACACAGCUCUGUAGCAGUCUUCCGGUGUUGGGAUGUCUGCUGUUCAGGCGUUGUCAAAAUGAGGGUUAGGAUAAUACAAUAUUAGAUAUCUCUUGUACAAAAGAUAAUCAUGCCAACUC